AUGGGAAGUCUUAUGGAGAAUAAGCAGGCUACAGAUAAAAAAAAUUUGGGAAAUGUCAAUAAUGUCUCAAACUUAUUUUGGGAAAAUCAACUAGCAACAAUUGCUGGAAUGUUGGAUAAUUUUACAGAAAUUCAUGAGAUAGAUUUGAGUAAUUCUCAGGACUUUUUAAUUGCAUUGAGACAACAUCCAAAGAUAUGUACUGACAAAUUUUUAUGUGGACUGGAUGCUGGUUGUGGAAUUGGUCGUGUUACAUCUAUCCUCGCACCAUUAUGUAAUGAAAUUGAUUUACUAGAAUCAGUUAGUAAACAUUUACAGGUAGCUAUGGAUAACAUAAAGUAUACUAACUCCUACCACAGUAAUCUACAAAACUUUGAACCCAUUGCUAAUAGAUACGAUAUUAUAUGGAUACAAUGGGUCGUCCAAUAUUUAUCUGAUGAUGAAUUAUUAAAUUUCUUAGUCAAAAUGAAGAAUGGAUUAAAAUAUAAUAGUAUUGGUGAUUCAUCUAGUGUGAUUUGUAUUAAGGAAAAUAUAGAAUUACAUGAUGUAGAUGAAUAUGAUGAAAGAGAUGGUAGUAUAAUUAGAUCUGUUUCUAAAUACCUUAGUAUAUUUAAAGAAGCAAAGUAUGAAUGCAUUUUAGAAAUGGAUCAAACAUUUCUUCCUUCAUCAUUCAAACCUAUUAAAACGUUUGCUAUAAUACCCAUAUUUAGUUCAGACUUAUAA